AUGGCUCCUCGCCCCCCAGUGAAGCUUCUGGUCUGUGAGCUGCUGCAGUUCCUCUGUUUGGCCACUCCGCUGCUGGUGGUGCUAGAGCGCUUCGCUGCCGUGGUGGCGCGCGCCAAGCAGCAGAACCACACGCCGGGCCACGCCCCCUCGGAUGCCUCCACUUCGUAUUGGCUGAUCGUGGCGGCGGGCGUGGCCUACGUGACCUCCAUCGCGUUGCUGCUCUGGCUUCCACUCAAAUACAUGGACUUCCUGAAGAGGCGGAGUCUACAUCCUCGCAGGAAAUGGCGUCCCGUGGCUCUGGCGUACGUCAUCCUCUGCACUCUGCCCUGCUUUGCCAUCCUUAUUGCCAGCGCCGAGGUGCAGGUGGUUAACAGUAUGCGUUAUGACUGUUUUGACGAGCUGCCUGUCUCACUGGUCCUCUUUUCUCUGAUCUGCAUCGACAUCGUGGAGAGACUUCGCCACUGUCGCCUCACAGGCCAAGCGAAUGAGUUGGAUCGAGACUCUGACAUCCCGACUCUCAGCCACCUGGAGGCCGUAGUCACGCCUGUCAUCGCUACGGCAACCGGCCCUGCCACCGGCACCACGCACCCAUUGGCUCCCUCGGCUGCCGAUCAGGCAGCAGGGCGGGCCUUGCGACCCGGAGCCACCAAUGGCGCGACAGCUGGCCUGCCGGUGGGUCCCGCCCAAGACCCGAGGGCACGCGGCAUGGAUGGACGGAGUCAGUACAGACAUGACCUCCGGCAGCAGCCCAGCCCCGCCUCCUCCAUCGCCACGGCGACGCAGUUCCCGCCGCCAUACUCGGGUCCCCUGCGGCUGCUAUUGGCCAGUGACGUGCGUGCCGACGAGUUUGGCCACGCCUUCCUGUACUGGCUGGACACGGCGGAGCUGCUGAGGGCGGGAGGGGUGGCCGCCAUCUUCUUCUCCCGGUGGGUCUUUCCUCUCUUCAUCUGCGGAUUUCUCAGCUGUCUCAGGCUUGUGCUCACGCCCUGCUGCCCUCUACAGGCUCCGCUGGGCGUGCUGCUUCAAGAUCUUCCCUUCCUCAUCCUGAGGGGAGCGCUGCUGGGUUGUUUCGGCCGCGUGCUCCCUCUCCUCUUUCUCAUCAAGAACCUGCUCGCCGUCAUGGCUUACGCUUAUUUCAACUUCAUGACCAAGAUGACCAUCUUCAACACACAGCGCAUGUUCUGA